UGCUUAACCUUAAAAAAUUAAUUGCAAUUAACGUCUCAGAGAGUAUUUUUGGUGAUCGUGGUAAACACACAUGUGCCAGUGAAACCAAUGUUUAGAAGGCGAAAGCUUGUCUCCAUUCCAUGUUCCUCCACCAUGCAAGCAAAACGCUCCUUCUAGUCUCGGCACGCUCAUGCAAAUCUAAACAAAACCAUGCCCAGAUUCUCUUUUUCUGUACUACCGCGUCAUGCACUCACUCCAACUCAGAUCUGCUUACCAUUUGCUCCAAUGCCCAGUCACUUCGCCAAACCAAGCAAGCCCACGCCUCUGCUCUUCUCAAUGGCUUGCUUCCACGCAGUGUCUCUCUCUGUGCCUCCCUCAUGCUCAGCUACUCCAAUUCCGGAGACUCCACUGCCUCUCGCUAUCUCUUCGAGCAGACCGUUGAGCACUCCUGCACUGCCUUCUUGUGGAACACGCUUAUCCGGGCUAAUACAAUCGCUAAGGUAUAUGAUGGGUUUGAGACUUAUAAUCGGAUGGUUAGGACCGGUGUUCGGCCCGAUGAUCAUACCUUCCCUUUCGUUCUCAAGGUGUGUUCAGACUUUUUGGAUCUCAGGAAGGGAAUGGAGACUCAUGGGUUUGUGUUCAAGCUGGGUUUUGACAUGGAUGUCUUUGUUGGGAAUACUCUCUUGCUGUUAUAUGGAAACUGUGGGGAUUUGAGAUAUGCAAGGAGGGUGUUUGAUGAAAUGCCUGAAAGGGAUGCGGUGUCGUGGAAUACUAUGAUUGGGGUGUUUUCAGUUAAUUGCUGUUAUGUGGAGGCGCUCAAUCUUUUCAAAGAAAUGAAUUUUGGGUCUGGGUUUAGGCCGAAUUUGGUUGGCUUUGUUAAUGUGUUGCCGGUUUGUGCUGGGCUUGGAGAUGCGGUCAUGGCAAGUCUUAUUCAUUGUUACGUCGUGAAGGUUGGUCUGGAUCUUCACGUCACCAUUGGUAAUGCUAUGGUUGACGCAUACGGAAAAUGUGGGAAUGUGAAGGCUUCAGAGCAAGUUUUCUAUCAAAUGGUUGAAAGGAAUGAAGUUUCUUGGAAUGCGAUCAUCACUAGUCUUGCUUUCACAAAGCUUAAUGAGGAUGCUUUGGGGAUAUUCAGGUUGAUGAUUGAUUCAGGGGUUAAACCAAACUCUUUUACCAUCUCUAGUAUGCUGCCUGUAUUGGUCGAACUAGAAAUUUUCAAAGCUGGAAGAGAGAUUCAUGGUUUCUGUACAAGGAAGGGUAUUGAGUCUGAUGUUUUUAUUGCCAACUCAUUGAUUGAUAUGUAUGCAAAGUCAGGCUGUACAACUAAGGCAUCCAACGUGUUCUAUAAUAUUGAUGAAAAGAAUGUUGUCUCUUGGAAUGCCAUGGUUGCUAAUUUCGCUCAAAAUAGGCUUGAGUUGGCUGCCCUAGGACUAGUAAGAGAAAUGCAAGCUCAGGGUGAAACUCCCAACUCUGUCACGUUCACUAAUGUUCUUCCAGCUUGUGCACGGCUGGGUUCUCUUCUUCCUGGGAAAGAAAUCCAUGCAAGGACUAUUCGCAUGGGAUCUGCCUAUGAUUUAUUUUUGUCCAAUGCUCUGACAGACAUGUAUGCAAAAUGUGGCUACCCAAAUCUUGCUCGAAAUGUCUUUAACGUCUCCCUCAGAGAUGAAGUGUCUUACAAUAUACUAAUUGUAGGAUAUUCUCAAACUAGUGAUUGCGCAGAAUCUCUGAGCUUGUUUUCAGAAAUGAUGCUUAGAGGUAUGAUGCAUGAUAUUGUUUCCUUUGUUGGUGUUAUAUCAGCUUGUGCAAAUCUAGCCGCAAUCAAGCAAGGCAAAGAGAUCCAUGGAUUAUUAGUAAGAAAGCUUUUACAUGUUCAGCUCUUUGUCGCGAACUCACUGUUGGACUUUUAUACCAAAUGCGGAAGAAUUGAUACUGCUAGUAAGGUCUUUGACCAGAUCCAGAAAAAGGAUGUAGCCUCUUGGAAUACUAUGAUUUUGGGUUAUGGAAUGCUAGGUGAGUUGGACACUGCGAUCAAUCUUUUUGAAGCGAUGAGGGUAGAUGGUGUAGAAUAUGAUUCCGUUUCGUAUAUUGCAGUUUUGUCAGCUUGUAGUCAUGGAGGGCUUGUCGACAAGGGGAAGAAGUACUUUGAGGAAAUGCAGGCUCAAAAUAUCAAACCAACGCAGAUGCAUUAUGCUUGUAUGGUCGAUCUCCUUGGCCGAGCUGGCCUAAUGGAAGAAGCAGUGGAUCUCAUUAAAGGCCUGCGAAUUGUGCCAGAUGCCAAUGUCUGGGGAGCUCUGCUUGGGGCAUGCCGAAUCCAUGGGAAUGUAGAGUUGGCAUGUUGGGCAGCAGAGCAUCUGUUCAAGUUGAAGCCUCAGCACUGUGGGUACUACAUUCUUCUUUCGAACAUGUAUGCAGAAGCUGGGAGAUGGGAUGAGGCAAAUAGGAUUAGGGAGCUGAUGAAGUCAAGGGGAGUGAAGAAGAAUCCCGGUUGUAGUUGGGUUCAAAUUCGUGACAAGGUGCAUACUUUUGUAGUUGGGGAGAGAAUAGAGGGAUUAGAUUCAGAUAUUUGGCUUGCAGAAAGCAGUUGAUUU